AUGGACUUUGGUUUUGUGAGCUCUCCGAGUCAAUCACCAAGUCAAUCACUUUUCCCGGCCGGACAAUACUUCGACAGCACCUCUGAAGGAUCAAGUCCCAACUCGCCCCAUAUGAGUCAAAUGAUGUUCAACAACGCCCCUAUGCAGUAUGACCUGUUCCAAUAUGGAGCAACGCCGGCAUCAUUUUACCCCCCGGCUCAGACCAACAAGAUCCCCGUAGAAUACAACAACGCCGCAGCCAUUGAUCAGACCGAUCGAAGAAGACGACGGUCCGGCAGCACUUCGGCCCCAGCAGCCAAGGACAAGGAAACCAUCCCUAACAUGCACCUGCGACGACGUGCCCAAAAUCGAGCAUCCCAACGGGCCUUCCGCGAGAGGAAAGAGAAACAUGUCAAGGGCCUCGAGCGCCAACUAGAGGAUCUUCACGAGAAGCAUCAAGACCUGCUACAGUCGUAUACUCGACAAGCUGAUGAGGUCACCAAGCUCAACGGCAGGAUCACCGAACUAACAGCCGAGCUCAACGCCCUCCGGUCAUGUCAAGACCAGUCCUUCAGCGAGAUGCUGAUGCCAGACAAGUUCGACAAGUUCGACGCCUUCUCCACCCACGACAAUAUGCUGUACAACGGGCCAGACUGCUACUUUGACAAGAAUGCAGUCGACCUCAACUCCGAGUUUGCAUUACAUUCGUUUGAGGAUUCCUUGUAG